CCAGGUGCGGACUGACCAUUUGGAAACUCGGGCACUGCCUGAGGGCCCAGGGUCAGUAGGGGGCCCCAUGAGAUGCCUCUGGUACACUUUUUUGUUUUUUGAGUUUAGGCAAGGACACAGGGGCCCCAUGAUCCCCCUAUUGCCCGGGGGCCCCAUGAGUUGUCAGUCCACCCCUUGGUUACAGCCUUUCAGUGAUGUCUGUGAAUGCCCACCAGUGAUGCCUGUCAAUGCCCAUCAGUUCCACCUACCAGUG